AUGGCAGACAAGGAAGACGCCGGGAAAGGUGGCAGUGUGGAAAUGGAUCCACUGGUGAAAGUGAAAGACGGCAGCUUGGAGGAUGGCGGCAAAAACGUGGACCCGGUUUUGGAACCUGCCAGCGACAAGAUCGAGUUGAAGCAGAAGCUGUCGCUUAUCAACGGCAUUCACGGUCAUCGUCGGCAGCAUCAUCGGCUCCGCGUGGGGCUGGCCCUGGUGGUCUGGGUCCUCAGUGGCAUCUACUCCAUGAUCGGCGCCUACUGUUAUGCUGAGCUGGGAACAGCCAUCGUGCGGUCGGGUGCGGACUAUGCCUACCUGUUCGAAGCUUUCGGACCGUUUCUUGCCUUCCUGCGACUGUGGGUGGAGUGCAUGAUCGUCCGGCCGUGCUCCCAGGCCAUCGUGGCUCUCACCUUCGCCUAUUACGUCAUCGAACCGUUGUUUCCCGAUUGCGAUCAGCCGCAGGAUGCUGUUCGUCUGCUAGCUGUCGUCUGCAUCCGACACAAAGGACAUGGGAAGCUAGUUAGUCUUGAUGAAACAGUUGCCACGCAUAUUAAGUUUCUCACCCAUAUCACAGCACCAUCCCAGCAGCAGCAGCAGCAGCAGCAGACGACGACAGCUACAACUGUGAACCCGGAAGGAGGUCAUAUCGAGGCAGAGGUUCAAGUCGUCAACUGCACGAGAGACGAUGUCUCCCCCGGCGGAGGGGUUCGACUGGAGCAGCGAAUCACCCUCUUGAACGGCGUGACGGUCAUCGUCGGCAGCAUCGUCGGCUCGGGCAUCUUCAUCAGCCCCCGGGGAGUGCUGGCCGGCACGGGCAGCGUGGGACUGUCGCUGGUGGUCUGGGUGCUCAGCGGCCUGUACUCGAUGGUCGGCGCCUACUGCUACGCCGAGCUGGGCACAGCCAUCGUGCGGUCGGGGGCCGACUAUGCCUACAUCCUGGAGGCCUUCGGUCCAGCACUGGGAUUCAUGCGCCUGUGGAUCGAGAGCUUCAUCGUGCGACCCUGCACCACCGCCAUAGUGGCCUUGACCUUCGCUUAUUAUGUCAUCGAACCUUUAUUUCCGGAUUGCGACCAGCCGGAGAUCGCUGUUACCCUCCUGGCUGCCGUAUGCAUACUGAUCCUGACGUUUGUCAACUGUAUGGAUGUGACAUGGGCAACUCGAGUCCAGGAUAUCUUUACCUACGCCAAGAUGUUAGCGCUAAUCCUAAUCAUUAUCACAGGAUUUGUUCAGCUCGGCCGAGGUGAAUAUGAAUAUUUCCAGAAUGCAUUUGAAGAUUCAAAAUCAGACAUAGGAGAAAUUUCAUUAGCAUUCUACUCAGGGCUGUUUGCUUAUAAUGGAUGGAACUACUUAAACUUUGUUAUUGAAGAGUUGAAGGACCCAUACCGCAACCUCCCCAAGGCAAUUUGGAUCUCGAUCAUCAUGGUAACCUUGGUUUACACAUUCACCAACGUUGCUUAUUUCACCACUGUUAGCCCGCAGGAAGUGUUGGGUGGUGCUGCAGUUGCUGUGAUGUUUUCCAAGCGCCUGUAUGGGUUCAUGUGGUGGAUUAUGCCCAUCUUCGUGUCCUUGUCUACCUUUGGCGGUGUCAACGGUAUCCUUUUCACCACUGCUCGCCUCUUCUAUGUGGGUGGCCGCGAGGGUCACAUGCCCAAGAUCCUCAGCAUGGUGCAAGUCCAGAGAUUGACACCCCUGCCUGCUGUGCUCUUUAUGGGCUUGCUGUCCUUGCUCUACCUGGCAUCCUCAGAUAUAUAUGCCCUGAUCAACUACGUGGGCUUUGCAACAUGGCUAUCCAUCGGUCUUGCCAUUGUGUCCCUCAUGUACUUGCGCUGGAAACGACCUGAUAUGCCUCGCCCUAUUAAGGUGUCGCUCGUCUGGCCUAUCAUCUACACCAUUGUUACCAUCUACCUGAUCAUUCUGCCUCUCUAUGCCAGUCCUACAGAAACUGGUAUUGGUCUAGCCAUAAUAUGCACUGGCGUUCCUGUAUAUGUCAUCUGUGUGGUUUGGAAGUCAAAACCCAAGGCAUUUGACAGAUUUAUGGAUAACCUGACGAUAUUUCUGCAGAAACUGUUGAUAGUUGUGGCAGAGGAAAAGAAGCAGUGAGAUGAAGUUGACCAUAAACAUAAGAGACAAUUAUUAGACUGUUCAUUUUUAAGUCAUUCAUUGGGAACAACCUUUUAGCAAAUAAUUGUGGCAGACUUUGGUGAUGGAGAGAAAACAUACUGGUGGAGAAGGAAUAAUGUGUACUUGCAGGCUACGUUUUUGAUGUUGCAUGAGGACCAAAGGGCGGCAACUCUUGGAUUCUCAAGCUAGUCAGGAACUAGGCAGGCAGUUCUACUUAAUUUCAGAAAAAAUCCUAUGGAAGAAAAAGACUAUCAGAUUUUUCUAAACAAUUAAAAGUUUUAAGUAGACCUCUUAAUAAUUUAGUUUUAAUGCUUGCUUAACUGAAAUAAUUUAAAUUCUUUGAGAAAGAUCAGAUAACCCCCUUUUUUUUCCAUGAGGUUCCACAACUGAUGUCCAAGUUGUGACUUUACAGAUGUAGUAUUUAGUCUAAUGCACAAACCAGGGUGUGAUGUAGUUCACGUAAACAUUGGAAGUCUGCUUAUCCUCUUUCUGAGGAAGAAGAGACUGGGAAGUAAGGACAUAUAUUGUACAUUAGAUGGUGUUGUAUAUAGUAUAUGUCAUUUCUGUAGCAGAAACCUGGGCUGAUUGUUGUUUAGGGUCAGAUUUGUCAGUUUUGUGGGUGGUGGUGUAAAAUUUAGUUUUGCUGCAUUUGGUAUUGAAUUUUCUGGAUGUUAUUGAUCAAAUGUUAAAGAUGUCUUUGACAAAAGGAAUGUUGCAUUUAUUAUCUUUGUCCCAUUUCCAUGCUGGUUUUUUUAUUUGAAAGGUAAUGGUAAUUAAUGUCUAUUAAUGUGUUUUCAAGCAUUCUACAGAAUCCUUAGACUUAUCUUCUGAUGUAAUAGAAAUGCUGUGUUGAGUCCUUACACCCACUUAUGUUUCUGGAGUUAAAUAUUGUGGAUCCAGUCAUUGCUAAAGCAGUUUGUUUGUCACAUGGUUGUGUGUGUAGCUUAAACUGUAUUUUGUUUGGGUGUUUAUGUUUGGGAAAGUUUGAUGCUGAAUAAAAGGUGUGAACUUUCCGUAGUUCUGCUGCAGAUGCAAUAGCUACGAGCUGUCAGGAGCGUAAAAUUAUGAGUGUGCUGUGUGAGUGUUUAGAUAGGAAAAUAUUAUUGUAGGUGUGUACACACGUACAUAUGUGUUUGCAUUCUUCACAGAGGCAUUUAAUAUGAAAAGUUGCUAAGUUUUAUGGAAAAUGAAGGAAUUACUGUUUUGUUGUAAGAAGUGCUGCAUUCACAAAUUGCUUAUUACCUAAACAGCUACAUUUGGAUUGAAUUUGAGAAGUGAUGGUCAUUUGUGUAUGUUAACUUCAUUAACAUCCUGGUACAUUGUGUACAUGCAUGAAUAUGUGGGUGGGCAUUUGGCUUUACACAUCUGUAAUGGACUGAGAGGCACUGGAUUUUUUUAAUAGUCGUAGUUUGGAGUCUGUCUUUAUUCAAUUUGUUUGCAAAAUGAGCAAGGCCAACAUUUUGCGAUAUGUUAUAUGGUGUGUUCCUGGUUGUAUGGUGCAAAGAUUUAUGUGUUGGAGUGAUGUGUGACAUAAGACACAUUGUGAAACAUAAAGAAGUGUAUUGAUCAUUGAAUAAAAUUAUUUAUGACUUAAUAUUGGAGGCAUGGAAAGAGACAUUUAAAAACUUUCGGAGUGCAUGCUUUUAAACAUAUACCAACCCGGUUCAUCAUCUUGCCUUCUCCACCUCUUAAUAUUUGUAAAUCAUUACUUCCACUCCCUCCUCACCUCACCCUUAGUAAGGCUUUUUUUCUUUAAUAUUUAAAAAAAAAAUCUUUUAAACCUUACAUUUUAAUGCUUACAGGGUGCAAGAACAAAAAAAAAAAAGCUCACUUCAUCUGAUGAUUCUGAUAUGUGUGUUCACUCAAAACUGAAAUAUAGGUACAGGGUUUGCACCUGCUUGAAGGAAAAUUUUUUUCACUUUGCCAUCUCAUAUACUUUCUAUGAAUCUGGUUAGAGCAAGUAUUGUGCAUAUGUUUAGUCAGAAAUUACCAUACAUUACUUCUUUUCAGAGUAAAAAGUGGGCCACCUAGAUGCACUUGCUGAAUUCUAAUGAUUUUUCUGAUUAGAAAUAGCAUUAAUAUACAACAUCAUAUUGAACAGUGACAAUGGGUUGCAGAGAGGCUGGGCAAGAGUGUACAUCCAUUGACAUUUUAUGUACAAAGUGGUGGGGCCACAAAGUUCAGUUGUAAAAUCCGAUCUCAUACCAGAGGCAACCAUAGAGACUUGUGUACCAGGGCUACUUAUAGAGCUGGCUGAUUUUUCCUCAAAAUAGUCAUUUUUCAUUAUGUUUAUAUCAUGCUCCUCAUAUUUUUCUUGCGUGUAUAGAAACUGGCUUCAAGGUGAAUUGGGAUUGGUGUCUGUUUUCCUUAUUUUUGCAAAAUGCUUUGAUGUGAGCUAUUCAUGACUUGUUGGGAUUGAAUGUCUAACAUCCGUAAUUUUGUGUGUGUGUGUCUGAGAUCUCAGAAAAAGCAUACAUCUACAGUUCAUAGCCUAACUUGAUGACAUAUUUCUGUGUUUUCCUUCCCCAGUUUGAUUCUGCUCCUGAAUAGUCUCCCCUGAACAUGAACUACUUUCAAAUGACAAAACUGAAAGUAACUUCUAGAUUUGCUUUUGCCUAGAAAGAUUUGAAAUCUGUUUGAAAUGUUGUGUUUCAGGUUAACUUACAUGUUUGAUUGUACAUAUAGAAAAGUAUGUCAUGCUUACUUGCUACAGCUCUCGAGUUAGACAUUGGUCUCCAGAAUGUUGAAAGCCUCCUUAAAAGCUCCAAUAAAGUAUAUGGUUGAGUCAGUUUUAAA